AUGUCUUUCUAUCGCUUUAAAAGACAAAGCUACUCGCCAACCUCGUCUACGAGUCUUUCGCCAACGAGCCCUGUAAUCGAGAACCCCAUCACCUUCCAAGCCCUGGCCGCGAGGAUGGUCCCCGAUGUGAGUUUGAGGAAGAAGAAAAAGCAGCAAAAACCCCUCGUACUACCAUCAAUGUUUCUGGAAGAGGAUGCCGACGAUGAGGAUACCCCGCCUCCCAAGCUGGUGCGAGCCCCCUCUGCGGACGAGAAGACAGAGAAUGUGUCACGGACAAAUCGUGGUGAAGCACAGGUGUGCAGGAACAAGACUCAGUACUACGAUGGUAUCUUCAACGACCGUGGACCGGAGCAUCCUUCAACAAGCUUGCUUACCAAUGGUUCCAUUGUUGUGGUCGAGAUCAAGAUCAGCACCAGGACCUCUAUGAUGGUCGUCAUCCAGCAGGACGUCCGCCUUCAUUUCGGUAACUCGGCUAUCCCUGCCUAUCUGAUGAAGAUCUUUGCGCACCCAUACCUUAUUGCCCCAAUCACGAACCUGCGCAACACGAUUUUCAUCCAGAAGAUCCUCCACGAAUUUCUCGACAUCGCGCCCAACCGUGGAGUGAUCAUAUAUGCUUCUGUACCCGAAGAGAAUCUUGCGACAGACGGAGUCACGAUGUUGGGAGAUCUCGUUCGUCUUGAACGCGACUCGCGGGAUUCAGGUGUCUUCAAAAGCCUAUCGCGUUCCAUGAGUCGAAAGCUGAAGUCCAAUAGCAGCAGCCCACGUCUAUCUGUCGUCACAUCCUCCUGUGACAAAGCGGAUGGAUCUCAUGAAUUAACACCGGUCUCGGACAAAGAUGGCCAUGUCAAGGAAUCCUCUGGCGAAGGCGACCACUCCAAAUCAGUCAGGAAGUCCAAGAGCCUGCCUGCUAUAACCAUGUCCACCGUCACGGAGAUCGAGGGUGACCUUUUUGAUGCGCCAGAUGGAGCAGCGCUAAUUCACGCCUGUAACAGUCAAGGCUCCUGGGGCGCAGGAAUCGCUGAGGCCUUUCGAGAGCGAUACCCCGCCGCAUACUCUGUUUAUCGAUCCCACUGCCUAAAAUAUUCUCGCAGGAAGCCCCAAUACAAAACUGUCGAACCAACCGACCCCGAAGAAAAACCCGUCAAAUUCCGCUUACCCACGGGAACAGCGCUCCUCAUCCCGCCCCAAGAGAAAAACUACGCAGCACAAGACAAAGACGAAGACAAAGAAGGACAGAAGCGAAAGAAGCACUGGAUAAUCUGCCUCUUCACAUCUCGCAAAUACGGGAAGAGGGUCAGUAGUCCGGCUACGAUAUUGGCGUAUACAGAGCUUGCUGUUGCGGAUUUGAAGGAGCAGCUUGAGGAACUUGAGGAAUGGGAUGAAGGGGAGGCUAAUAUCAAGCCGCCUAGCGGGCUGUGGUCUUGUCGGUUUAAUUCUGGGCUUUUUGAUGUGGAAUGGAGUCGUUCUAGGAGGGUUUUGGAGGAUGUGGGUUUGGAGGUUACGGUUGUGAGUCCCGCGGGCGAGAAACUCUGA